AUGCAGAAAUUCAAGGAAAAGUUCGAAGAUAAGGUUGAGAACCUGGAGGAGUCAUUCCGAGACCACAGUCUUCACGACACCAAAGCCAAGGCUGCGCAUUUGAAGCACAAGGUUGGCAAGUUUUUCAACAUCGUCAACCCUAAUCACCGCCACGACGAGGAACAUGAGCAGGCUACGGAUGCGAAGCGAACGAAAAUCUCCGAGUCGCACCGUUUCGGCUCUUUCGCUCCAAUUCGCGAGGGUAACAACCUCAAGUGGUAUGUCGAUGCCCUCGAUUACCUCUGGGCGGUCUCCGAAGCCCUAGAAAAGGCGACCGAGACCAUCUACAUUGCCGACUGGUGGCUCUCCCCGGAAUUAUUUAUGCGUCGCCCGCCCGCGAAGCACCAGGAAUGGCGUCUGGAUCACAUCUUAAGACGUCGCGCUGAAGCAGGCGUCAAGAUUUAUGUGAUCGUGUACAAGGAAGUCAACCAGGCCUUGACCUGCAAUUCUGCACACACCAAACAUGCCCUGCAGAGUCUCUGUCCCGAGGGCACCCCCGGCCACGGCAAUAUUCGUGUCUUGCGCCAUCCGGACCAUAAUGUCUUCGAAAACGCAGCUGACAUGACUCUCUACUGGGCACACCACGAAAAAUUCAUCGUGAUCGACUACGCCAUGGCGUUCAUCGGAGGCAUCGACCUUUGCUUUGGUCGAUGGGACGCUAACCAGCACUCUCUCGCCGAUGUCCACCCCGGUGGCCUGCGAGACGACAUCUUCCCCGGCCAGGAUUUCAACAACAAUCGCAUCAUGGACUUCCAGAGUGUGGACGACUGGCAGAGCAAUGAGCUGAGCAAGGUUGACUACGGCCGAAUGCCGUGGCAUGAUGUCGCCAUGGGCCUGGUCGGGGAUUCCGUCUACGAUAUCGCAGAGCACUUUGUUCUGCGCUGGAACUUCAUCAAGCGCGACAAGUACAAACGCAGCGACAACGUAGAUUGGCUACUGAUGGAGGGCCACACUGGAGAUGACGAGGAUAUCAUCGCCGUGCAGCGGCCCAAAUAUCCCUGUGGAGAGUAUAUCCAGCACCCUCUCACGCCGCUAUCUGGCAAGCCCCGUGGACAGCAGGGUACCGUUCGCGCCCAGAUCGUGCGAAGUAGUGAUGAUUGGAGCAGUGGUAUUUUGAACGAACAUAGUAUCCAGAAUGCGUACUGCGAAACUAUUCGCAACGCCGAGCACCUUGUCUACAUCGAGAACCAGUUUUUCAUCACUGCCACCGGAGAACAGCAGCACCCGGUUUACAACCAGAUCGGUCGUGCCAUCGUCGAUGCCUGCGUUCGUGCCGGUAAGGAGGGACGCAAGUUCCGCGUCAUAAUCGUUAUUCCCGCCAUUCCCGGAUUUGCUGGUGACCUGCGCGAUAGCGCGGCGACGGGCACCAGGGCCAUCAUGGACUACCAGUACAAAUCGAUCUGCCGCGGCGAGAACUCAAUCAUGGGUCAAAUCAAGAAGGAGGGAGUUGAUCCUACGCAACAAAUCUUCGUUUUCGCGUUGCGUGCCUAUGACCGAAUCAACAAGACUCCCGCUCUUGAAGAGCUCGAGGAGAAGGCCGGUGUCAACUAUCAGGAGAUCCAGCGCGGUAUCGCCGAGUCCAUUAUGAGUGAGAGUGUGCACCCGUCUAUUGGCAAGGAAGGCGAUCGGAAUGAGAAGGACUAUGAGACCGACUCGGCUCAGAAGCAAGAAAACGUGCGCAAGCUGGAGAAGUUCGAAGAACAGGUCGAACGGCGCAAGGCACAGCAGGGCGAUGCGAGCUGCGACUCGGUGGCUCACCUUACCAUGCUGAAUGGUGGCAAGAUGGUCGACGAGAUCUGGGAAGGUGACCCCGAGGCCGAGAAAGCCAACAUUGUCCAGGAGGAGCUGUACGUGCACGGCAAGGUGUGCAUUGUCGACGACCGCAUCGUGAUUUGCGGCAGUGCCAAUAUCAAUGACCGGUCCCAGCUUGGCUCACACGAUAGCGAGCUGGCGAUCGUCAUGGAAGACCAAGAGUUCAUCGACAGUAGAAUGGACGGUAAGCCGUACCGUGCAGCUCGGCAUGCAGCAACUCUCCGCCGUCAGCUCUGGCGAGAGCAUCUAGGCCUGCUGCCCGCACAGGACUUCGACGCUUCGAGCCACCCAAACUCGCAACCUCCAAACGUCUGUCCGAAUCAGAUCCUAGAGGGCGCCGAAAACGAAUUGGUCACCGACCCACUGAGCGAUUCGGUCUGGAACACUUGGACGGAGCAGGCUAGCGUCAACACGGACACGUAUCGGAUGCUGUUCCGUGCGGACCCGGAUGAGAAUAUUAGAACAUUUGAGGACUACGAUAGCUUCUGCCCGCGUGGGACGAAACAGGGUCACUUGUUCGAUCCGUAUAUGCCGGCUGCAGAGGUGCGGCAGAAGUUAGAUCGCAUCAAGGGUCACUUGGUGUGGCUUCCGCUGGAUUUCCUGUGCGACGCAGAGAUGGCCGAACCCGGGCUGGCCGUGAAUCAGAUCACCGAGAGCAUUUACACCUAG